UGUGUGAUUCCAGACUUUCCAGUCAUGCUUCUUAAUUUUACAAUAAUACAUGUGGAUCGGUUAAACUAUGAACAGAGAAACUUCCUUUUCUAUACUGCAACAUUGCCAUUUGUUUUUCCUAGUAAUCUCCAACUGCUCACUUCUAAAACUCUACAGAAUUUGAUUGUCUUAAGCUAGAAAUUAGAUUUGAAAGGACCGCAUGUAUUUGUUUGUUUUCAGUAUUCUUGUAAAAGUACAGUGGAAGAGAAACCAAACUGCCUUAGUUCUAACAGCAACAAAACAACAUUGUCUGCCAAAAUCCCAGUGAGGUGAGUGAGACUUGUGAUGAACAUUUUCUGAGAUCCGAGACUCAUAUAAGACCAAAAAAAAUGUUCAAGUCAUGGAGCAGGAAGAAGAAGGUCAAAGUUGUAUUCAAAUUGGAGUUUCAGGCCACUCAGGUGCCAAAACUGAAAAAAUCAACAUUGAUGAUAUCUUUGGUGCCAGAGGAUGUUGGAAAGCCAACAGUGAGACUAGAGAAAGCUGCAAUUCUGGAUGGAACCUGCACAUGGGAGAAUCCUAUCUAUGAGACAGUGAAACUCAUUAGGGAAUCAAAAACAGGAAAACUCAAUGAGAAAAUUUACCACUUCAUUGUUUCAACUGGAUCAUCAAAAUCUGGUUAUCUUGGAGAAGCUUCAAUUGAUUUUGCAGAUUUUGAGGCAGAGACUAAACCAUUAACUGUUUCUCUGCCUCUUAAGUUUGCAAACUCUGGCGCAGUUCUGCAUGUGACAAUUCAGAAGAUGGAGGAAGAUACUGAUCAAAAAGAUGGUGAAGAGUAUGGAGCUCAAUUACUUACACAUGAUGAAAGCAUGAAUAGUCAACCAAGCAAUUGCAGUGCAGAUGAUAACUUUUACAAUUUUGCUGAAGAUAUGAAUCUGAAAGAAGCCACAUCUCAGAUUGCUGAACAAAAUGGCAUCUUUAGAGCACCUACAGGCUCUAAUGCUGCAUUAGCAUCAUGUUGGGAUAUCAACUCUAUACAAAGUACACAAGAAGAUCUUGGAUUCAGAAGUAGCGUCCAUCAGGAACCCACCAGCUUCCGCACACAUAACAGACAAAACUCCAUGCCUAAGGGAACAUUUGAUGCCAUCACCACAAAAAAGAAUGCGCAUCGGAGAUCAAACACAGAUUGGUCAGUGGAUUCAGCUUCGGAUGCAAGUUUAGUUGACUCAAUAAACAGCCUGGAGGACAAUCUUCCAAGAGAAAAGUUACAAGAGGCAUCAGAAGAUUCCCUCGAAAAACUCAAAAAUGAAAUUGCUACUCUAAAGAGACAAGCAGAUUUAUCGGAAAUGGAAAUACAGUCCCUUCGGAAACAAAAUGUGAAGGAGAAGAAACAGGGAGAAAAUCUAUCAAGACAAAUCAUUAGCCUUAAAGAGGAGAAAAAUGCACUCAAAAUAGAAUGUGAACAACUCAAGUCACAGCAGAAAUGCAUUGAUGAUGCAGAAGCUACAAACAAAUUGCAGUCUGAGAUUAAGAAUACAAGGGUUCAGUUAGAAGCAACAAGGCAAGAGCUUAAUUAUGAAAAGAAAAUAAGUAAUGAUCUUCAGUUACAGCUGCAGAAAACACAAGACUUGAACUCAGAGUUAAUUCAUGCAGUGAGAGACCUUGAAGAAAUGCUGGAGAUAAAAAAUAAGGAACUGGCUACAGAGUACAAUGAUGCCAAGGAAGUAGACUUGUUGAAGCAGAACAUCAGCGACCUGAAUGGUGAAAUAGAAUUUUACAGGAAACACAAGGAAGAGCUAGAUAUGCAUACAAAACAGCUCACCUCGGACUAUGAGUUUUUAAAGCAGGAAAACCAUGAUAUCUCAUUAAAGUUAGAGGAAAGCCAAAUACAACAACAGAUGACACAAAACGAAUGCUCAGCUUCUUUGGCUACUAUAAAAGAACUUGAAUCCCAUGUAGAGAUAUUAGAAGAAAAAAUCAAGAUGCAGGCAGAAGAAUUCUCAGAAUCUUUGAUCUCCAUCAAUGAACUUGAAGCUCAAGUUAAGGGAUUAGAGAAAGAACUGGAAAAGCAGGCACUGGGAUUUGAAGAAGAUCUAAAUGCCAUGGCAAUUGCCAAGACUAAGCAGGAACAGAGAGCCAUCCGGUCAGAGGA